CUUUAGUCUGGCUGCAUGAGCCCCACGUGUUUACCCAGAAUCCACCGCGACUCGACAUGGCGGCCCCCAUGGCAGCGUCAAGGGUGUUCGCCUUCACGCCGCUUCGGGGCAUUCUGUGUGCGAAAAGGCAGCCGAUGGCGGCGUUCCCCGUAUGCCCACAGGGACUACAAACAAGCGCAGUGUGUCUCAAGAACCAAGCGGGCCGGGUUCGUGUGGGGAAGGGGGAUAAGCCCGUGACAUACGAGCAGGCGAACCCACCACACCAGAUUGCACACCGCAAGGGAUGGCUCUCCCAGCACACGGCCAAUUUGGACGGCGAGGUGGGGGCGGCGGAGCGCUCGAUUGAGGACGUGUUCAUCCGCCGCUUCAUGUACGGCACAUUUCACGGCUGCCUGUCGACCGAGGUGGUGGUGAAGAGGCGCGGAAAUGUGCUGGUGGUGUGCGCCGUGCUGAUAACGAGGCUGCCACCCAUGCGCUACUACUUCCUGAUCGGCUACACCGAGACGCUACUCUCAUUCCUCUACAAGUGCCCCGUCAAGCUGGAAGUGCAGGCAGUCCCACAGAAGGUCGUCUACAAAUACCUGUGAAGGGAGUCAACGAAGACACCUGCUCGAGUGGCUGUGUUGAACUAAAGUCAGUUCUCUUUGGUGACAUGGCCGAGCGUGUUUGCCACUUGGGAGCAGAGGUUUGUGGUCGAACUCGGUGGCUGCCCUGGUUAAUAUUUUGGGUGAAGAGGGGGGGUGUAUUACGUGCCGCCAUCUUCACAGUGGAUGUUAAAUAUCCCAUGUUAUUUGAGAAAUGUGCUGACACCAUUCUGAAGUCACAUAGCAAAGUGCCCCCUACUGGUAGACUAUCCACUUAUUGGUAGGUACUGCAUUCCCCUUACCUAUUACAGAUGAUUGACCACAUCUCAAGAUGCUGUACACAUUGGGGGGUAUGUUUAUCCAUAUAACUAUGUUUUUUGUGUGUAAAAUAAUAACAGGCUACGAGGCAGGAGGGAAUUGAUACAACAGGAUAGUGCAGGUGCGAAUGAAAACACUUCUUAGAGGCGUGCAGUGAUCAUAGGCAGAGAGUAGGAAAGUCUUGUUUGAAUUUAAUCAGGGCAAGAGAAUGGUGUGCGCUGCAAAUCAGGAAAAAUACUUUUUUCAUAACUCAAUGAGGCUUUACAAGGUAAAUAACUAAUUAAACAUCCCUACUCGACCAAAUAUGAAGCAGUACUCGCCUACACUGGAAGCCCAGAGCCAGUUGUGAAACUGCUGUUUCCAGCAGCUGGGAUCGGUAUCCCCAUAGGACCACUGACUUUUCAGUGGUGUUUAUUUAAUUCCCCACUGGACAUGGGUUGAGAUUUCCCCAGCCACAAUUUGAACUCUCAACUGUAAAUCACCAUGUGGCCUGACAUGGUAUCAUCAUAUUUCUGUACAACUAUAUAUUCCAAUAAAUUGACAUCAACCUGCUUGUUUAAUGAAACAUUGACUGCUUUGUUGAAUAUUAAAAGAUGCAGCCAAAAUAAACGACUCUUAAAUACACACCUAGGCUGGGUCAUGGGCUCAGACAUUUAAGCUUUUUAAUAAGGAAAAUGAGGCAACAUGAUUUUCAGGAGCUUCGUUGCAGCUUUCUAGUGACAUUACCAUAGUGACCUAUUGAAAUCGAAUGGAGUCGCACUGCAGUGAUAUCAUAAGCACACUGACAGCACUCAUGUUUGUCUUUAAAGAAGCAUCAUUGUUGCUUUGCGGGAUCAUGGCAGCUUGGAGAGGCAGCAGAUUGACCAUGGCUGAUGAUGAAGCUUCCAAUCAAACUCGUCACGGCCAUAUUUUUGGUUGCAUCUUCCUUCAAGUGAAACGCAACAAAAAAUGCAUUACUGGCUCAUUCAUAUAUUGACUUCCAAGAUUAAAAAUCAUUAAAUAAAUUAACCAACUUCACAAGUUUAUGUUUGAGCUUUUUUCAUUAAAGGGUUUAAUUCUGAGGCUCAGUAUGAACCUGCAGUGUAAAUGGACAAGGAAUUCGUGCAGGAAAAAAAAUAUACUAAAAACAUUGUGAAAUCAGCUUCAACCACAUGGUGAGGUCUAAAUAAGCAAGACUGUUGUGCAGUGGGGGUAAUGAAUUGUGGUAUUCAAUGCAAACCAAAAAAGUGUACAAAUUUGAGCUCAUUGAUAGUGACAGAUA